UAUAUUCGUUUUCAUUGUUUACGGCUGCUUCAUCGCUUUUCUGUAUAUCUGCGCCUGCGUCCGUUCAUAAUUUACUACUAGUACUUAACCCAUUAAAAAUGUUCCGCCACUGUAACUUAUAUAUGCUGGGCUUGCUCGUUAUAGCCUCCGUUUGUCUAAUAUCCAACGUGGACGGCUACCGUCGCGGAUAUCAGCGUACGUCAACAUCGACGCCAACGACGACAACGCCGCCUCCUCAAACGCCCAAGGAAUAUUUGGACAGCAAGUCGAGUUUCUCAACAUUCGGCAUUAUCGCCAUAAUAUUCACGUGCAUUGUGGUCUCUCUGGCGUUCUACUAUGGCAUCAUGUGCUAUCCUCUGUUGUGCCGCGAGGAUAAGAAAUACCGCUUCAUGGACGUGUCCACAAUCACGGCAGCCACAUCACGUUCGAUACAGUCAAUAGAAAACUACCCCGUGGACCAAAAGCAUAAUCAUCAACUUGCCUAAAUCAUUGACAGAUGUCUCUUGACUGCAAAGAGCAUAAAAAUAUAUGCUGGGGACAGCAGACACCAUUUUAUACAGGUAUUUGACAUCAUCAGGUUGCGGCCCAAAACCAAAACCAAAACAAUUCAAGUCGCGCUUCUUUCUUAAAAUCUGGCGUAUCUUUUGAUGCGUUUAAUCUCGAAAUUAAAACACGAUUUUGGGUAACUUUCUUUUGAGAGAUCCCCUAGAAUUAGCCUAAAGAAAACAAUUGCUCACUGGUUGUACUUAAAACACACCUUAUACUGAUUUUAUUCAUAUAUAACUUUAGAUUUAAAUUUAUACAUUUAGCAUAGCGGCAAUUUUUAAAGAUUUGAUGCAUUUAGUACCUUUUCUACCUUUUUACUUCCAUGUAAGAUAAAUGUUUCAUAUAAUCUUGGCCAAUAUUGUUUUUUUAGCUAAAGCCAUAUAUUGCAACUUGCGUUUUACUUAAUAUUUUUAGACAAAUAAAUAUUGCCGCCAACGCCAACAUUAAUUUCCAAA